AUCCAGGUUCUAUAAUAACUGGCCAUUUCUAAUUUGACUAUGACGCUAAGAAUCUGGACAAGGACGGACAACUUGACCGAGAGAUACUUCGACUCGUCAUGGUAACUCGACCGUGCAGCUAUGCCAUAGAAUCUUACCGCAUAUAAACCCUUGACGCAUUUUGUUCUUAACGAAUACUUAGUCGUACGGGCAUUUAUAUUCGUUUCGUUUUUCUCGUUGCUAAAGGUGUAACAAUAAUCAUGGCACACUUCAUCGGUUUAGCAAGUGCCGGCGUCCUGGCACUCGUCGUGCCAUACUCUCAUGCAGUCCCCUUCGUCUCUGAAGCUCAAACCACCGUGCAGUCCGAGGCGACCACAACAGUCCCUGUUGUUCCCGUGACGAACGUGACCUCUCACGGCCCAUACACCGGCCCACCGGCUACGACAACCGGCGCACUCUCCACGGAGGUUACGGCUUUAACGAUUCCAAUCAGGCCACCAGAGCCGUACAAGCUGCAAUAUCCGGCAGACGGGCAGCUUCACCAACUGCAACCCGCACCGUACACGCCCGGCGGCGGCCUGGGAACCAACGGGUCCGAACCAGUAUAUCGUGUAAUAAGCGAUUUUGACUACGAGUCCGUUGCGUUAGCCCUCUACCAAGAGUGGAUCGAGCUCGAUCUCUUCCACUGGGGUUUAGCCAGGUUCUCCGCCCAAGAGUUCGAGGACGCCGGAUUGAAUGCUGAAGAUCGGUAUCUCAUCCAGUUCAUGGCCGAGCAAGAAGCUGGUCAUGCUACAGCUCUGACUAACUUGCUGGGGGAUAACGCUCCGGUCCAGUGUACUUACAACUACCCAGUGACAAGCGUGCGAGAAUUCAUCGACUUCAACCAGAAAUUAACCCGAUGGGGAGAGUCGGGCGUAUAUGGUUUCUUGAAUCAUCUUGAUUCGCGUGAAACGGCUCAGAUACUAUUGCAGUCUAUCACAACAGAGGCACGACAGCAGCUCAUUUUCCGCCAGUUCGAUGGCCUCUUUCCUAUGCCUGUGUGGUUUGAGAUAGGCAUCCCACAAUCCUGGGCGUGGACCCUCCUGGCCCCGUAUAUCUCGUCGUGUCCAGCUAACCAGACUCGCCUGAUCUGGCAGAACUUCCCUUCGCUACGCGUCAUCAACCAGCCAAACCCAGCUCGUGUCAACGGUUCUGACGCCUGGAACGAGACCACCGGCGGGUACGCGAACACACUCAGCACUCGGAAUAUUUCAGCAACAGAGAGCUGUCUGCGCGGUGGCGUCGGUCAAAACUGCGGGCCGGCCAUAACCCAUAAUAGGACCACCCCGUUAUCAUAUCCCGGCCGCCAAAUUUUCCUGAAGUGGGAUAGCCCUGGAAAUCUCAUCGGGCCUAACAACAGCUACGUCACUAGCACGUCGGCAGGAUACCCUAGGUUCGCAGCCUGGGUCUCUCAGCUCAACGUCACCUAUACUCCCUUACAGAAUAUCAGUGGCAACACUGCAUAUACCAUUCAACCCAACACCUCGACGUACGAAGGUGAUCCUGCAGUGAACGGUACCAUCUUCUUGGUCAUCACAGACGACGAUUUAUACGUCACGCCAUUCAACCUCACGCAGAUCAACCCACAUGUCAACGCGUUAGCCAUCUACCAAGCGGGAUAAGCUGCAGCUUUUCAAUUCGUUUCCAAGUGCAGACUGAGUAUGGAGAACAGGCUGCUUGAAACCGAUAUGCCAGGGAAGGGUAAGAAGCGAAUUGACAAGAAACUAGGCAGGGUCAAGGCAUAGGCCGCAAUGGUAUCAUGCUACGCGCACAAGAUGCACUUCAUAGCCAUGAUAGAUCAGAAAUCAAGCCAGCCAAACUUUUCAGUCGUGAUUGCUCUCUCCACGCUAUCGAUACUAUACCGUCUCUAGAAUGAAUGACAAUAUCAGAAACAAGUUCAGAUCUAUCCAUCACUUACUCCAAAGACUAUUAGCUCCUUGCAAAGCACCACGCUG